CCACAGCACACCUGAGGGCCCUCAAGCCUGACAGGUAGGAUCGGGGUAGCGUCUCCAUCCAUCACCGUGACCGCCCGCGCUUAUGCUCAGUCGUCGAGUCGCUCAUCAACCUCGUCACGCCUCCUUCAACACUAUUGCGGUGGUGCAUCCAUGACUUCAGCGCGUCCUCAGGCUCCCCUUGCAUAUAUCUCAUACGCAUCGCCCCCCUACAGCACAGGCGGACAUAUAUCCUGAACGCCUGGCCCCAGACCUUCGGUAACGAUCGGUAACGUCCGCUCCAAUCGCCCAUCAGCAGAGACCUGCGCCCACUACAGGAUCUCAAGCACUACACAUUCACCAACGCUGGUUCACGCACAAUCCUCGCGCAGUGCGCGGUGGUUCAUCUCCACCAAAUCGCCAUACAGAGAGGCAACACGCACACAGCUUUGGCACCAGCCAUGAUCCGCCCCUGGACUGUGCUCGCUCUUGCGAGCUCGGCGACAGCCAUUCUCGUUACAACUGGCUCAGACUGUUCGUCACAAUGUGGCAAUGUUCUGAGCUACACGCCCGCCGACGACGUUGCCUGCGGGGAUAUUGCCAUGACGGCCACUUCCACAGGUACUGUCUUCCGCAACUGUCUGAGUUGCCAGAUAGCGAGCGACUACGUCAACACCGGAGCCAAGCCUGUGACGUCGGAUCUCCAAUCCACAAUCUACAACCUCCGCUUCGCUCUCUCACAUUGUCUGUUUGAUUUCGGCACAAACCCGUGCAUCACAUCGACGGCGUGUGAGCCUCUCAAGAAUGCCCUGCAAUACGAGAAUCUGGCCCCCAACGUCACUUCCUAUGGCUACUGCAGUACAUGGAGCGAUUUGCAAGUGCCGAAGUGCAGCGCUUGCCUAAAGGCCAUGGAUGGUGGCCACUACCUAGUAAAUUAUCUCCAAGUCCUCGACGGCGCGUGCGACUUGCGGCUCCAGCCUCCGCAAACAAUACCUCUGGACGGCGACAUUUUCAACACGGACAAGCAAGUCCAGGUCACCGUCCCCAGCGCCACGGCAGGGCCCACGGGAUCGUACAAUGUCGGCCCGUUCAGCUAUGGCCAGCUUGCUGGGAUUGUCAUCGGCGGAGUGGUAGUGUUCCUGCUCCUACUAGGCUGCGGUGUCGUCAUCAACGGGAAGCGCCGGAGGAAGGCGUACCUGCGCAAACGCGGACAGAUGCACAAAACCUGGCCCGGCGACCACGGCGGCUCUGGCGGCGGCGAAAUGUUCGAGACGCCCGUCAGCCAGAAGCCGCUGCGGGGAUGGGGUGACUCGCCCGUCAGCGCCGUCGACACGGAGCACACUUUCCAGAAUUACACGACACCAGUCUCUGCGCAUGGCGGUGCCGGUCUGGACUAUCAGCUUCAGCUUCAGCUUCAGCAACAGCAGCAGCAGCAGCAGGGAGGCUUUCCAAGAUAUUUUUCACCCUACGCCACACCCGUCGAGCCUACGAAGAACAUUGGCUGGCCGGUUGAGCAGCAGCAGAAUAUCGGCAUGGCGGUCAGCCCAGACACUGAUGACGCCGUAUACUGGGGAGGCUCUGCAGGUGACACAAAGGGAAAGAGAAAGGGAAGCAACGAUGAAUACGAGCUGCAGGAAGGCGUCAAUAGUGGUGGAGGUCAUCAGUAUCCCUAUGUGCCACCACCCCCAGCACACCAGGCGCCGAUGCUCAGUCAUCCUGGAUACGGAAGGCAAGGGAACACGCCGCCUGGUUCGUCGGGCCAACGCUGAGGGCUCUGUGGGUUUGGUUUUUUGGUUGCGUUUGCGUGGGAGAUGUAUUUUCAGCGUCAAAGUACGACAGCAAUGCCUCAUUGGCGCAAGGUGUUCACAUGAGUAAUGCUCGAAUUGAACGAUCAAAGUCGA